AUGACUCAAACAAUUAUCAAAUUACGUCGUCAUCAUCAUUAUCAGCAGCAACAACUACUACUACAACAGCAGCAGCAGCAGCAGGAGCAGCAGCAGCAUGAUGCAAUCAUGACGGCGUACGAAGCGCAGUUGACCAGUGAGAGCGGUUCAUCCAAGCGAACUCUCGAGUCCGAAACAAUGCAUAAUUGUGAUUUCAGGACUUAA